GACAUGAAUGCUAAGAACAUGCAUCGUCCUUACAAGAGGCAGAUCCAGCGCAUCGACGAGAUGGAGCGAAUCAUCAGGUUCCUGGUGGAGGAGCUGUCCCGCCUGCAGGGCGAGGAGGUAGUCAAGUACAACGUGGAGUGUUUCUUGGAGAACAGCCACGAGUACGAGCUAGACAAGGUGGAG